AUGACUUUAAAAACUAGUAAUACAAAAAAAGAUAAAAACUCCGAUUUAAUAACGAAAAAAGAAGAUGCCAUAUCAGAUAAGACCUACCUCACCAAGGAGGUGGAAACUUCCAUAAGUCUUCUGGAAAGUCGGGAAAACGCUGUGGUUUUUGAAUCCUUGCUUUUCCUAUCGAAAUAUGGAGACCUCAAGGAAGAAAACCUUGUGAAACUUCAGAAAAACGGUCUUGCGUGUAAAAUUUUGAGCCUUCUGAAGAGAAACGUGUGCAUACUAAGGAUGUCGUUAAGAUUGCUGGGGAUUUUGCUCAGAAUGGAUGCCACGGUUUUCGAAUUGGACCAGGAUAUAUACGAUGAACAAAUAUUGAAAAUCAGCAGUAUGUACACCUCUCAUCCAGACGAAUUCGUCAAGCAAUUUUGCUUUCCAAUAUUGUCCCGACUUGCCACCUCCAAUAGAAUAACAACUUUGAUAUUCAAAGCGGAUUUAUUCACGCCAAUUUUUGAGACGUUGGAAAAAGCGAGAAGGUUGAAUUGA